AUGGGUCUGUUGAACCGAAAGAAGAAUAAGAAUAAGAACGCAGAGGAUGGAGAUCCAAACAGUGAAAAGGCUCAACGUGAGGAAGCCGAAAAGAAGCGAUACCAAGGGGAAGAAUACGAGGUUCUCCUCCGGUACGUGGAGGACCAAGCGGAAAAACAGAAGCGACGAGGAGCAAGUGGCGAUGAUGAUGAGGACGAUGACAAGGACGCAAAGUAUACUAGACCUUGGUAUGCGCCUUGGAAAAAGGUCAAAGUGAAUGGCAAGGCCAAAAGGGUCCCACCUGAAUGGCUCGAGACGGACAGACGAAAAGGUCUCAGCUCCGGUGAUAUCGAGCCCAGACGGAAUGAAUUCGGGUACAAUGAGCUUGAGAGUCCCAACGAGAACCAGCUGCUCAAGUUCCUCGGGUACUUCCGUGGUCCUAUUCUAUACGUCAUGGAAGUGGCUGUUUUGCUCGCCGGUGGUCUUCAAGACUGGAUUGAUUUCGGUGUCAUCAUUGGUAUCCUGAUGAUGAACGCUUUUGUCGGAUGGUACCAGGAAAAGCAAGCCGGAGAUAUCGUCGCUCAACUCAAAGCUGGAAUCGCUCUUCGAUGCACUGUCAUUCGAGAUGGUAAAGAACAAGAAAUUGAAGCUAGAGAACUCGUACCGGGAGAUAUUGUCAUUCUCGAGGAGGGAUCUACUAUCGCCGCAGAUGCCAAGAUCAUCGGUGACUAUGAGGACAAGGAUGGAUCCAAAGCCAAAGCCCUUCAGGAAAAGAUUGACAAGAAGAAACGAGCAAAGAAGUCUGGUCAAGCCCAAGCUGAAGAUUCCGACGAUGAUGAUGACGACGACGACGCCAAGGGACCAUCUCUCUGUUCAGUCGACCAAUCGGCCAUCACGGGUGAAUCGCUUGCGGUCGACAAGUUUCUCGGAGAUACUGCUUUCUACACCUGUGGUGUCAAGCGUGGAAAGUGCUUUGCAGUCGUUACUGUAUCUGCCAAAGACUCCUUUGUCGGUCGAACUGCCGCUUUGGUUUCCGGAGCCAACGACAAGGGACAUUUCCAAAUCGUCCUUGGAAACAUUGGUACCGCACUCUUGGUCCUGGUCAUCUUCUUCAUCUUUGUCGUCUGGAUCGGCAGUUUCUUCCGACACGUCGGUAUUGCGAACCCCAAGCAGAACAACUUGUUGGUCUACGCCCUCAUUUUCCUCAUCAUCGGUGUUCCUGUCGGUCUUCCUGUCGUCACGACCACGACCCUUGCCGUUGGUGCCGCCUACCUCGCCAGACGGAAAGCCAUCGUUCAAAAGCUCACGGCUAUCGAAUCAUUGGCCGGUGUCGAUAUCCUAUGUUCAGACAAGACUGGAACUUUGACCGCUAACAAGCUUUCGCUCAACGACCCAUUCAUCACUCAUGGUGUGGAUCCCAAUUGGUUCAUGACCGUUGCCGUGCUGGCUUCGUCUCACAGUGUCAAGCAACUUGACCCCAUCGACAAAGUCACCAUUGUUGGACUGAAGGACUACCCCAAAGCUCAGGAAAUGCUCAAGGGAGGAUGGAAGACUCAUAAGUUCACUCCCUUUGAUCCCGUCUCCAAGCGAAUCACGGCCGAAGUCGAAAAGGAUGGCAGAAGAUACACUUGCGCCAAAGGAGCUCCCAAUUCUAUCCUCAAGCUCAGGAAAUUCGACCCAGAGGAUGUCGCUGCGUACCGUGCGCAAGCUCAAUCUUUCGCCACUCGUGGAUUCAGAUCUCUCGGUGUAGCUUGCAAGGAAGAUGGAAAGGAAUGGCAAUUGCUCGGUAUGCUGUGCAUGUUUGAUCCUCCUCGUUCAGACACGGCAAAGACCAUUCGCGAGGCCCAUGAUCUCGGUAUUCAAGUGAAGAUGCUCACUGGAGACGCCGUCGCCAUUGCAAAGGAAACUUGCAAACAGCUUGGACUCAACACCAACGUUUACGACUCUGAAAAGCUAAUCGGUGGUGGCAUGGCCGGAUCAGACAUUCGAGAUUUCGUCGAGGCUGCCGAUGGAUUCGCUGAGGUUUUCCCUGAACACAAGUACCAAGUCGUCGCUUUACUCCAGGAAAGAGGUCACUUGACGGCCAUGACGGGAGACGGAGUCAACGAUGCUCCUUCGCUCAAGAAGGCCGAUUGUGGUAUUGCCGUCGAGGGUGCUUCGGACGCCGCUAGAACCGCUGCCGAUGUCGUAUUCUUGGACGAAGGUCUCAGCACGAUGAUCACUGCUAUCAAGGUCGCUAGGCAAAUCUUCCACCGAAUGAAAGCCUACAUCAUCUAUCGUAUCGCUCUCUGUGUCCAUCUUCAAGUCUACCUCAUGCUUUCCAUCUUGAUCAUGAACGAGACCAUCCGAGUGGACCUCGUCGUAUUCUUGGCCAUCUUUGCCGAUGUCGCUACCAUUGCCAUUGCCUAUGACCGAGCCCCCUACGCCAGACAACCUGUCGAGUGGCAAUUGCCCAAAGUCUGGUUUAUCUCCACUGUCUUGGGUCUCCUGCUCGCGGGUGGAACGUGGAUCAUCCGAGGUACCUUGUUCCUCAACGACGGCGGUAUCAUUCAAAACUUUGGAAGUGUUCAAGAGAUCCUCUUCCUCGAAGUCGCCCUGACGGAAUCAUGGGUUAUCUUCGUCACUCGAUUGGCUCAAGAAAAGGGAACGCCCAACGUUUGGCCCUCGAUCCAGCUUAUCCUCGCCGUCUUUGGAGUCGAUGUCCUCGCCACUCUCUUUGCCCUGUUUGGAUGGAUUUCUGGUCCUGCUCCUCACAGCGGUUGGAUCAACAUUGUGACUGUCGUCAAGAUUUGGAUCUACUGUUUCGGAGUGACUGUCAUUGUGCUUCUGGUCUACCUCAUGCUCAAUCAGAUCUCAUGGCUUGACAAUAUCGGCCGAAAGACUCGAUCCAAGAAGAAUGAAAAGCUUGAAAACUUUUUGACCGACUUGCAACGAUUGACCAUUGUUCACGAGACGGACCACGGUGGAUCUUACUACCGAUUCGCCAGUGGAGCAGCUACGCCAAAGGAUAAAGCGGCAGGUGGAGAAAAGGACAAGAAAGAUACCACCAGUACCAACAAGGCGACGAAAUCAGAGGACGAGAAGAAGAAGAGUGUAAAGAUUGGAGAGCAAAAAGAGGGAACACAAGGUCAUCCACCUGCUACGGCUCAAGGACCCACGAGGAGUGGACCCGCAAAGGAUGAAGAUGAUGAAGCGAGUUCGAGUGAGGGUAGAAAAAUCGAAGGAGAGUAG